CUGGGGACUUGCUUUAGAAGUAGAUGAGGCCUGGAACCCUUUAGGGCUAGCACUGACCUCUGCAAUACCCUAGAUGGGGAUCAGGUCAAGGCUGGCCAGCGUGACCAGGCACUGGGUAUAGAGAAACAAGUGUGGCUCAAGAGCGGUAAUCGGUAGGGAAAGACAUUACAUGAUCAUAGGAUUUAGAGUUGGAAGGAGUUUUAGUCUCGCUUUAAAGAUGAGAAAACGGGCUCAGAGAGGUACUGUGACUUGCUCAGAGUCACACAGCAAGUUAGUGGAAGAAUUUGGAUUUGCACCAAAAUCUUUUGACCUCAAAUCCAGGGCCGUUUGGGGGAAGCUGCUAGAACUUUAUCUUUUACUUUCUUCGUCAUCCCAGGAGAGGGCAUAGACCCCAGCCACUCCUCCAGGUUGCCCCAGGACAGGAUGGCCUGGAGCCUGCUGAUCCUCCUGCCCUGUCUCUUGGUCUCUGUUCAUGGAAACUCGGCUCCAAGUUUCACCAGAAACAUGACUGUAGUUACCCUAUCUGAAGACAUGCCUGUGGGGCAUACAGCUUUCUGGAUUACAGCCACGGACCCAGAUAAUGACCCUCUGACCUAUGAUAUGAGUGGUCGUUAUUCCUAUUUCUUUGGGGUCAACAAGAACACAGGGGAGGUGGACCUGAGCAGUCCUUUGGACUAUGAGACAUUGUACGUUUUCUCUGUCACCAUCUAUGUGUGGGAUAACAUAAAUCCACAGGUGCAGAAAGAGCUACAAAUCGUCGUGCUUGAUGUAAAUGACAAUGAUCCAGUCUUCCAGGAUACACCCUAUUUUACUAGCAUCAAUGAGACCCUGCCUGUGGGCUCUCAGGUUUACACAGUGAGAGCAGAAGACCCGGACACAGGGUUAGGUGGCCUGGUGAACUACACCAUUCUUGAGGUCAUCCCCAAUACUAAAGGAAACCAGCUCUUCUCCAUCUUGUUAAACGGCACCAUCAUCCUUGAGGGUCCCCUCAGCUACAACAACAAAAGCACAUUCUACCAACUGAAACUGCAGUCCUGCGACCAAGAUACGGUUAAACCACGGUGUUCCCAACCAGUCUUCCUGUCAAUCACAGUGAUUGACCUUCCAGAUCUGGACCCACAGUUUCUUCAGGAGCCUUACACAGCUUCAGUAGGAGAAGAUGCAAAAGUGGGUACCUCAGUGUUGACCUUGAAGACUACGGAUGGAGACAAAGGCAUUAAUGAUCCGGUCAAAUUCUCUAUCACUAAUUUUACAAGGCCUUGGUUCAGCAUCGGGGAGGAUAAUGGGAUUAUCACGGUGAGAAGUCCUUUGGAUCGGGAACUACUGUUAGAUGAGGAUGAAGAGGUGCUCUUGGAGGUUACGGCCACAGAGACCCCAUCUCAACAUUAUGGGCAAGAGGCAAGGCCACGCUGGGUGACCAUAACGGUGAAAGAUGUUAAUGAUCACAAUCCCCAAUUCUACAACUGCGUCUUGCCUAACUGUGAUUUCUCUGAUGAUACGGUGGUAUCCAAUUUUAGUGGCUAUGUGGCUGAACACUCUUCUACCCGGGUGCCCAUUAGCAACUACAUGGUGGCUUAUGAUCCAGACAAGGGCCUCAAUGGCACUUUCCUGCUCUCCCUGUCUGGCCCUUGAUCACACGGCUUUUGCUGUGUCCCCUGAAGGGUGGCGAAUACAGGAGAGGUACCAGUGUUGGUUCAGCAGCCUAACCUUGUGGAUUUUGAGCUGAAGCAGAUAAUGGAGGUGGAGGUCAUAGCCAAUGACUCUAACAGCCACAUGAUCACUGCAAAGGUAACAAUCUUCGUGGAGGAUAUUAAUGACCAUGCUGAGUUUGAAAGAGCCUGUACAAUUCUCUAUGUAUAUGAGCACUGCCAGGAUGGCACGGUGGUUACCAGCGACAUAAGUGCGGAUAUCUUUCAGGUGAACUCCACCUCUGGAGUGAUAACAGUGAAGAAUGGCAGCCUACUGGACCGGGAACUGCAAUCUGUCUACUACCUCACACUGCAGGCCACAGAUGGAGGUAACCUCACAGGCUCCACCCUCCUGCAGAUCAUCCUGCAGGACAUCAAUGACAAUGCCCCUGUGGUUAGAGGUUCCUACGACAUCUUUGUCAAGGAGAUGACGGACAAUGUCUCAGUGACCAUCCAGGCCUAUGACAAUGAUGAACCCAACACUAACAACAGUGAGAUCCGUUUUAAACUCCUGCCUGGGCCAUAUAGUGACAACUUCACCUUGGACUCAGUCACUGGAUUACUGACAAACCAGGGGCCCCUGGACCGUGAGGCCAUUGACCCCAAGCUGGAGGGAAAAAUUGUGCUGACUGUCUUCGUCUAUGACCUAGGAGUUCCCUCACUCAACACCACAGUCAAUGUCACCAUCAACGUAGAGGAUAUCAAUGACAAUAUACCUGUGUUCAAUCGUAUCACUUAUGAGUUCUACGUAAAAGAAAGAGUGAUGGGUGCAUACUUGGGUUUUGUGGAGGCCUGGGACGCCGACCAGACAGAUGUCAACAACCGUGUCACCUUCAGUCUGACUGGGGAUGGAGCCAGCAACUUUGAGAUCCGCUCCAUCUUCCUGGGCUCAGGCUGGAAUCAGGGGAACGUGUCCCUGGUCCCAGAUGUGAGCCUAGACUAUGAGAGGCCACCCAGCAACUUCACAUUGACUGUGCUGGCACAGAAUGCAGCUGAGAACAAAGGGACAGGGUCUGCCACGGUGUUGGUGAUCACGAAAGAUGUGAAUGAUGAAGCCCCAAGCAUCCUGGCAUCCUCUUUGCAGGAGGUCCAUGUAUUUGAGCACGAAGAGAAGGAUGAUGAGCUUGUGGCUCACGUGGAGGCCCAGGAUCCUGACACAAAUGCCUCGUUGGAAAUCCGUCUUCAGAACAUAAGCUGCUUCAAAAAGGGGGUUAGCGUGGGUACUGUGUGCCAAGACUGGUUCAAAUUGGUCUCCAAUGGUAGUGUCUAUAUCAAUAACGGCUUGGCCAUCGACUAUGAAGUCUGCGACCUCGUCAGAUUGCUCGUCCAGGCCUGGGAUCUCAAUACAGCUGAGGGCUUCCCUGCCAACAGCCCCAAUGAGACUCUACCCAUCGCCAUCUUGGAUGUGAAUGACCACCCACCCCAAUUCCUGCCUUUGGAUGAGACAUUUGUAAUUGUACCAGAAGUUCUUUCUCUGAAUCAGCAAGUGGCUUCUGUGAAGGCCACAGUUAUGGAUGAUGGCGUCAAUGCAGUCCUCUCCUUCUUCAUUGAUGAAGUGGAAUUCUCUCCAAGAUGGUUCCAGAGCCCUCUCUGGAGAAACUGUUCCGAAUCAAGUCUUCAUCCGGAGGGCGACAUAUACACAGGCAGCGUAGAGGUGAUGACUUCCCUUGACAGUUCCCUCCAGGGAACCUACAAGCUAACAAUCAGGGUCCAAGAUAACCCUACUACCAAUGCCCCUUUGACAGCAACCACCUCCCUGAAUAUCUUCACUGUGGAUCAGAGCCAUCGCCUACGUCUUCAGUUCUCAACAGAUGCAGCAGAAGUGGGAAAAAAUGCUGAUGAAAUCAAAAUUGCCCUGAUAGAAGCAACCAAGACUACAGUCUACAUCGUAAGCAUCAAGGACCUUGAAUCCUCAACCUUAAGAGCUAAGGGCAUAUCUUAUAUGGAUGCCUAUUUUGUGUACAGCAAUGGAACAGCCUUGGACCUCAGUAAUCUCAACAUAUUCAUCCGGAGUGACUCGGAGGUGUUAUCCAAACUGCUACAACUUGGGUUGGUGGUGAUCGGUUCUGGGGAGGAGACAAAGCAAGACAAGGAGAAGGAGCUCCUCAGCAUCAUUGCUGGGCUGGGGGGUGUCUUGAUCAUUCUUAUCAUCAUCAUGGCCACAUCGUUGGUGUGCACCAGGAAGAGCUACAACAGGAAACUUAGAGCCGUGAAAGCUGCUAAAGAGGCCAAGAAGACAAGCUCUGGACUCACCCUUCAGGGCCCUGGAAUCCCUGGGACAAACCUGUUUAAUUCAGAGAAAGCCAACCCCAUGCUCAAUCUCUCUUCGAUGGAUCUGGGCUUUGAAUCUCUUUCCUCCCAUAAUGACGAUGAUGUUGCCAGCAUCAACUCCCUGGAUGAAAACAAGGUGGAUUCCGACAUGGACAAGGUCAUGGACAUGGACCAAGGGAAGAAGCACGAGGAAAAACCAGAUUUGGACACUGAACCGCUGACCGAAGUGCUGAAGUCUGGAAAGGGCAAAAACAAAGAAAAGGACAAGAUGGUGCUGAAAUUGGGUGACGUCAACAGGGCUCUGGAUACCACUGACCUCUGAUUCUGCCUAUACCACAUGCCACCCUCCCACCCCACCCCUCUCUCACUCCUCCUCCCCCCAGAGCAGGUAUCAUGAGCCCUAACCUGUUGGUGACCUACAUGACAAUUUGUGAGUCCGGACCCAUCUGCCUUUGGGAUGAAGAGCCACUGAGACUCAGUGUUUCACUGUUGUCUUUUCUCUCAUUCACCUUACCUGUGUGUACCUCAGGACUGGUGGCUGGCCUCAGCAUGUGUCUAUAAUAAAUUAAUUCUCUUGUAUGCCUAGUAUAGUUUCUCUUCCUUCAUCUUGCUUUCUACCCCCACCCCCAAUUCAAUCCAUCAGGUCUCAAGUUUGGGGAAAUAUUUUAUUACCAAUGUACAGGUUGACAAAUUGUACCUCAAAACAAUGGGCAGGGGGAGUUGGGGUAGGACAGUUGUCAGGCACUGGAAUGAGCAGUUACGGUUCAGUCACUACAGAUAAUAGGGCGAACUCACACCACACCCAGGAGACAAGAGAGGACAAGUAAGGGAAAGGAGAGAAGUGAGGAGAACCCAGGACAGGGAGUGAUUUCAUUGAAGGAGGUGUGGGAUAUCUUUAAAAGGAUAGCUGCCUUUGCUCAGGGCUUAGGGGUUUUAUCAGUUUUGAAUCCUGACCGGUUUAUUCCCCAACCAAUUUGUUAUCUUACUUUGACCCCUGACUAGUCUGUCCCUCCCUGACCCAUGAACCUUUUCCUGUCUGUGAACCCCUACUUGUUAGUAACUCUAGACUGUCUACAUUCUCAUAAUUCAUCUAUGACCCAUUAUAAGCUUAUAACAUGCUUAACAUAUUCCUCUCACUGCCUGUGACCUCUGGCUUGUGACCCCUUAGCCAGUUUAUAACCCCUGGCACCUGUAUGGGAGCUAUCUAUGAGCCUCCCCCUCAGUGGCCUUGGGCACAGCAACCUGGGGGAACCAGGCUGUCUUAAUAGCAGCUCCCUUUAAAUGUCCUAGGCAUUUAGAAAUAAAUUUUAAUUGGAGAAAACAGGGGAAGGUUUGGGGAGUUUCCCAGCCUCUCUAAUCAGGAGGAAAUGGAGGUCAGAAGAAACAUCUGGUGCCUCCCAGUCCAAACUUUGUAGCAUAGACUCAGAAUAGGUAAGAGGCCAUUCUAGGCCCUAUCUGCUCCUUCAGGGGUUCUGCCAUCAGCUUCUACAUCCCAUUCUUUGAAUAUGCCAGAUGUGGCCUGGCUGCUGAGAGAUUCAGAAAUGGGGACAUAUUGGCCAUUAGGGAAAUACUGGUAGCUUUGAGGCAGUGUACUUGGGGACUUACACACUCAGAGCCUCACACACUUGAGACCUUACACACUUGCUUGAGGUCAUGCAUCAGGGCUCCCCACAUGCAUAAAGACCUUGCUACCCAAUCGUCCCUAUUUCUCAUGCAUUGCCCCAUCUAGGGCCCUGUGUGAGAGGCAGUGUGGUACUGGGUUUGGAAUCAGGAGACACCUGGCUUCCAAUCUUGCCUCUGACACUUCCUCCCUGUGAGACUCAGGGCAAGUUACUUAGCUCUCUGAGAUUGUUUCCUCACGUGUAAAAUGGAGAUGAUAAUAUCUGUGGUCCCUUCUACCUCACAGGGCCACGGUGAGGGCCAAGAGAGGUCAUAGAUGUGAAAUACUUUGCCAACUUUAGAGCACAAGAAUAUGAAUGCCAGCUAUUAUCAAGGUGUUGUGGUCCCAGGGUAGCAACCACAGACUCUCUUCUCCCCUCACUACCUUUGGGGAGGGGGCAAACCUGGGAUCCAGAGGACUGACUGGAUCCAAGGCUACCUCCAAGAUGGGGAGAAGAGAGCCUGGAAGGCUAGUUGGGCAUUGGGAUCAGAGACACACCAGGGGCAGGUACUGGGGAAAAGGGAAGUGGGGAAGGUACCUGGGGCCCAGGCUGGGGGUUCAGGUUGAAUGGGUUCCCACUGGCCCCUGGGCUGUUUAGUUCCUUGGUGAACCCAUUCCUCCAGGACUGAGGGAGGCAAAAGGGAGACCCCAGGCACAGUGGGCAGGGAUGACUCUGGGUUGGCCCAAGGACCUGCCCUAGGUAAUUUGGGAUCAG